UCAUGUCAAUAACAUCUUUUUACUAACUUUAUUUAAUUACUAAGAACAUAUACCAUAUUUACAACAAAAAUAAAUCCGUUUUCCUAUAUGAACAGAUAUGGGGCCCAUAGCCAAGAUGUCUACAAUUUUUAAAGCUUAUAGAAAACAGUAAAAUCUACCGAUAAGUCUGUUGCUAGGAUAAAUUAUUCUCAUACAUAAGGUCUAGGUCUUGCCCAUCAUUGGACCUUAUGUAGAUUAGUAAAUCAUCAGUGAGCCCGAGCAACAUGUUCGGAAGCUUCGGAAAACCUUCGCAAGUAUCUGCCUGGAUGCUGCUAGCAGUCAACCAAGUUGCUAUGGUUGCUUCUAUAAUAACAUUUGCGGUUGGAUUGUGGAUGAUAGCAUCACCAAAUUCCUUGUCAUAUAUUAUAGACGCCAUUGGAAUUACUCUCAUAUGGGCGCUCCUGCCUCCUUCAGCUCUGACGGUGCAGCUUGGCGUCGGGCUGGUCUUCCUCGCCAUGUUUAGCUUCUUCAUCUCGUUCAUGGGUUUUUAUGGAGCGAGGCGUUCCGGGAUUUGCCUGUGUGUAUCCAUUUCUAACAGGCCGGCAUAA